AUGGCUGUGCUGAACGUGCGCUCUCUUUUAAACAAAUCCUUUAUUAUAAAUGACUUGAUUUUAGACAGGAAACUGGACUGUAUUCUCCUUACAGAGACAUGGCUUGGCACAGAUGCACCAGUUGUUCUCACUGAGGCCUCCCCACCAGAUUUUAACUUUCUAUUUUCCACCAGGGGGGACAAGAGAGGGGGCGGAACUGCAUCAAUAACAAAAAUCACUAUGUCAUCCUAUGCAGUUCCUUUUAACAGCUACACAUCAUUUGAAUAUCAUGCUUUUGUUUUUAGCAACCCCCCAAUUCUUUGCAUAACAGUCUACAGACCCCCCCAGUACUCCACCUGUUUUAUCAGCCAAUUCUCUGAACUUUUAUCAAUUAUUCACACCUCCUACAACAGGAUCUUAAUAACUGGUGAUUUUAAUCUGCACUUAGACGACAUCUCAGACCCAGUAUCCAAAGAAGUUUUAAACCUUUUAAACUGUCUAGAUUUUAAGCAACAUGUCACACAGCCGACCCACAGCAGAGGGCGCACCCUGGACCUGGUCAUAACCUACGGCCUGUCCCUGGGUGCGUGCUCUGUUGUGGACCUGGCUGUGUCUGACCAUUUCUGCGUGUUUUUUAACAUCACCAGUUUUAACCAGCGGGAGGCCCCGGUGAGAACGGUGAGGAAACGUAACCUAACUCCUGAAGUGGCUGCAAAUUUUAUCCAGAUUUUACAGAACACUCCUGCAGAGAUUUUACCAGCACCCUGUGAUUUUAUCGUUGACAAUUUUAACAAAAUACUCAAAACAACGCUGGACUCAGUGGCUCCGAUUUUAACCAAAAGAAUUAGCAGAAAACCUACACCCCCAUGGAGAACUGAGGAAAUAAAGAAACUAAAAAGAAACUGCAGGAGUGCUGAAAGGAGAUGGAGGAAAUCAAAAUUAACCAUACAUUAUGAAAUUGUAUGCCAAUUCACAUUUCAAAAACUUAAUUUUAAAUAACAAAAACAAUUCCAAAUUCCUAUUCUCCACAAUAGAUUUUUUAACAAAUGGAAACCUGAACAGAUCCCAUAAGACAGCAACAGAUCAUUACUGUGAGGAUUUUGCAGA